AUGACUGAGCAGCAUGGUGAAAAAAAGACGGUCGUCGCCGUUACCCACUACAAGCGCGGGAGGGGUCUGAUCAAGAUUAACGGUUGCCCGAUCGAGUUGGUGGAGUCGGAGAUCCUCUGUUAUAAAGCUUUCGAGCCUAUUCUUCUGCUCGGUAGGCACCGGUUCUCCGACGUCGAUAUGCGAAUCCGAGUAAGAGGUGGUGGGCACACCUCGCAGAUAUAUGCAAUUCGACAGAGCAUCGCCAAGGCAUUGGUUGUGUACUACCAGAAGUACGUAGACAAACAGUCGAAGAAGGAGAUCAAAGACAUUUUGGUGAGGUACGAUCGAACACUGCUUGUUGCGGAUCCUCGGCGUUGCGAGCCCAAGAAGUUCGGUGGGCGGGGUGCUCGUGCGAGGUUCGAGAAAUCAUACCGUUGA